AUGGGGCCAAUUGAACGUCUGACAGAACACCUGGACAAACCGGAGGUUGACAACAGAUCAUACCGGGUGAUCCGUCUAGAAAAUAAGCUCGAGGCUCUCUUGGUUCAUGACCCGGAUACAGACAAGGCCAGCGCGGCCUGUAACGUCAAUGUGGGAAACUUUUCAGACUAUGAUGACAUGGCGGGGCUCUCCCAUGCCGUCGAGCACCUUCUAUUUAUGGGAACAGAGAAAUUCCCUCAGGAGAAUGCCUACAACCAAUAUCUCGCCGCCCAUUCGGGAUCAUCCAACGCCUACACCGCAGCGACAGAGACAAACUACUUCUUUGAAGUGUCUGCUACAUCGACUGACGACCAUGCGCACAACCACGUCGCCACUAAUGGAUCGGUCAACGGGUCUACCAAUGGCACUGAUGUAAAGCAAAAUGGGACUGGACAGUCCGAAGAAGCCUCCGCAUCGCCCCUUUACGGAGCCCUUGACCGUUUCGCACAAUUUUUUGUCGGUCCGUUGUUCCUGGAAUCGACUCUCGACCGUGAGUUGAGAGCGGUGGACUCGGAGAACAAGAAGAACCUUCAGAGUGACCUAUGGCGUUUGAUGCAGCUGAACAAAUCUCUGUCCAACCCCAAGCACCCAUACAGCCAUUUCUCCACUGGCAACCUGCAGACACUGAAGGAGGAGCCGGAGAAACGCGGACUUAAUGUCCGCGAUGAAUUCAUCAAACACUAUGAGAGGCACUACUCAGCUAACCGCAUGAAGCUUGUCGUUCUUGGACGGGAAUCGUUAGACGAUCUUGAGAAGUGGGUUGGCGACUUUUUCAGCGACGUAAAGAACAAGGACUUGCCGCAAAAUCGAUGGGACGAUGUACAACCAUGGUUGUCCGAACAUCUGGGGAUCCAAAUAUUCGCCAAGCCAGUCAUGGAUACCCGGUCGUUGGAUUUCUAUUUCCCAUUCCUUGACGAAGAGUUUUUGCACGAGUCCCAACCAAGCCGCUAUAUCAGCCAUUUGGUGGGUCACGAGGGCCCAGGUAGUAUCUUGGCCCAUAUUAAGGCGAAGGGUUGGGCAAAUGGCUUAUCUGCCGGUGCCAUGCCCAUUUGCCCUGGAUCUGCUUUCUUCACCAUAUCUGUUAAGUUGACCAAGGAAGGAUUGAAACAACAUCGUGAAGUGGCGAAGGUGAUUUUCGAGUACCUUGCCAUGGUCAAGGAACGCGAGCCGGAACAGUGGAUAUUUGACGAAAUGAAGGAUCUCACUGAAGUCGACUUCCGGUUCCGACAAAAGUCCCCGGCUAGUCGCUUCACAAGCCGCUUGAGCAGUGUCAUGCAGAAGCCCCUGCCUAGGGAGUGGCUGCUGAGUGGCUCGAAUUUAAGAACAUUCGAUGCCGAGCUUAUCAAGAAGGCACUGUCAACCUUCCGGGCAGAUAACUUCCGAGCCGUCAUUGUGGCCCAAGAAUACCCGGGUGACUGGGACCGUAAGGAGAAGUGGUACGGUACAGAGCACAGAGUUGAGAAGAUCCCCGAGGACUUCAUGUCAGAGAUUCAGAAGGCGCUGGCCAGCACCCCAGAAACCAGAACGUCUGACUUGCACAUGCCUCACAAGAACGAGUUUGUCCCGACCCGACUCUCCGUGGAGAAGAAGGAGGCUUCGGAGCCAUCCAAGACGCCGAAGCUCAUCCGCCACGAUGACCGUGUUCGUCUUUGGUUUAAGAAGGACGACCGUUUCUGGGUCCCCAAAGCCAUCCUGCAAAUCACUCUCAGAAACCCGUUGGUCUGGGCGACGCCUGCAAACUAUGUGAAAUCGCGACUGUAUUGUGAGCUUGUGAGAGAUGCUUUGAAUGAGUAUUCUUACGACGCAGAGCUUGCCGGUUUGGACUACAACCUCUCUUCCAGCAUGUUCGGCUUCGAUAUCUCGAUUGGCGGAUACAACGACAAGAUGUCAGUGCUCCUGGAGAAGGUGUUGACAGGCAUGCGUGACCUUGAGGUCAAACCGGAGCGGUUCCACGUCGUCAAAGAGCGUUUGUCCCGGGCCUACCGUAACGCAGAGUAUCAACAGCCGUUCUACCAAGUCGGAGAAUUCACCAGAUACCUGACGGCAGAGAGGACCUGGAUCAACGAGCAGUUUGCUGCAGAACUGGAAUUCAUCGAAGCCGAAGAGGUUUCGGCAUUCUUCCAGGAAAUCUUGCAACAAACUCACAUCGAAGUUCUGGCUCACGGUAACCUCUACAAGGAGGAUGCUCUCCGGAUGACGGAUUCAGUGGAGAGGGUGCUACAGAGCAGGCCUUUGCCUCCGUCUCAAUGGAAUGUGCGGCGCAACAUGAUUAUUCCCCCGGGAAGCAACUACGUCUACGAGCGGACCCUUAAGGACCCUGCGAACGUCAACCACUGUAUCGAAUAUUACUUGUUCGCCGGAAGCAGCAUGGACCACGUUCUCCGGGCCAAGCUUCUGCUGUUUGCCCAGAUGACUGACGAGCCCGCGUUCGACCAACUUCGAAGCAAGGAACAGCUGGGGUAUGUUGUCUGGAGCGGCGCUCGUUACUCUGCCACUACCAUUGGGUACCGGGUCAUCAUUCAGAGUGAGCGCACUGCGAAGUAUCUGGAGUCUCGUAUCGAUUCCUUCUUGAGCGACUUCGGAAAUAAGUUGGCGGACAUGUCAGACCAAGAAUUCGAGGGCCACAAGCGCAGCGUUAUCAAGAAGAGACUCGAGACGCUCAAGAACCUGAGCUCCGAGACCAGUCGUUUCUGGACGCAUAUUGGCUCGGAAUACUUUGAUUUCGUGCAGAAUGAGGUCGACGCUGCCACCGUCCGAACACUGACCAAGUCGGACGCCAUCCAAUUCUACGAGCAAUACAUUAAUCCUCAGUCUAUCACUCGGGCCAAGCUCGCUGUGCACCUGAUUGCACAGAACGGCACUCACCCGGAAGCCACAAGUGUGCCGGAGCGGAAGUCCCAGCUGGUUCUGAACAUUGUUGAGCAGCUGGAAACCGCCGGAUUCGCAGUGGACCCGAAACGUUUGGAGUCUGCAUUCGCCAAGGUCGAUGUGUCGACCGGUGACAAGGCCCAGAUCCUGUCCACCCUUAGCGCAUUCUUGUUGAAUGAGAUGAGCCUCUCCGAGCAACAAACGAAGUCGGCACUCGAACAGGCCGAACGCUACCUGGGCUUCCAGUUGAAGCAUCUGGGCUUCGAGUCGAGCGAUGAACACAAUGUCGAGGACUCUGUUGAGACCUCUGCUGGGGCCAAUGGCAUCAAGAAGCGCAAGGUCCAGGGUGUGACCUACAUCACUGAUGUGCCGGAGUACAAGGCUCGUCUGGCUGUCAGCGCUGGGCCUCAUGCUGUCACUGAUAUCAGUGAAUUUGAAGAUUUUGAUGCUAAGCUUUGA